UACUAACCAAGCGUGCUACACUUGAAAAAACGAAUUUGCAUGUAAACUGUGCUUAAUGAAGUUGAUGAGCAGGCUGAUUCUUUAAAACCUCAUGACUUCGGUUCUUCACGAAACUCAGAAUUGUCCAGUUGGUUUAAAUGUGUGCACAUAUAACCUGGGUGACUGACAAAUUUCAGUCAUAACUGUUGAUUUUUCUAUUCAACCAGAUUCCACUGGCCCAAAUCACUGGCCACGCUUAGGUUAGACUUUCCCUUUAAGCGGCGGGUUUCUGCACCAACACCGGUCACCUGCCUCAGUCAGCACCAUGGACAGCGACCCUGCACACGCUGAUGAACGCACAGAGGGCUCCGAGGGGCAGGACUUGUUCUUUUUGUAAUGACGACCAGCUAAUACAGUAUAAUCUACCAUCAUAAUACUGCGGCACUGACAGCUGAACAGCAGGGAGCGGGAUGCGGGCUUUUCUGUAGACACUCCCCGCUUCCCCCCCGCAUUUCCCAGCCAAGAUCCGGCUCUUUUUCUUCUCCCCGAUGCCUCCGUCGACUCGACUCUAAAUGGUAGCAGAUGUAAUGGUGACAAGUGGCUCGUCUUGGUUGAGAGACGCUGCGGAGCGAGGCGGUGAAAUCUCUUCCUCGUCUAACCCCACGCCCUGUUAUUAGCCGCCCAGCACCAUGUCUCCUCCAGCAUCGGCCGCGACGGCGAGUGAAAGCAGCACGACCACCGUGUUCGAGGAGGACACCAGAGAGGAGCAAAGACCCCUGAAGCAAUCUCUGAGUAAGUCCUUUUGUCGGGAGAGUUUUUGGAAAUGCCUGCUCCUGUCUGUUCUCAUGUACGGCUGCAUGGGAGCGAUGGUUUGGUGUCACGUCACCAAGGUGACCCGCCUCACCUUUGACAGUGCCUUCAAAGGAAAAUCCAUGAUGUACCAUGACAGUCCCUGCUCUGAUGGCUACAUCUACAUCCCUCUGGCCCUGCUGGGCAUGCUCUACUUAGUCUAUCUUGUGGAGUGCUGGCACUGUCAUGUGAAGAACGAGCUGCAGCACAAAGUGGAUGUGGAGGGCAUCUAUGAGCGCAUUCAGCGGAUGCAGCAAGCGAAACCCUGCAUCUGGUGGAAGGCCAUCAGCUACCACUACGUCCGGCGAACUCGACAAGUCACGCGUUACCGCAACGGAGAUGCGUACACUAGCACCCAGGUUUACCAUGAACGUGUCAACACCCAUGUGGCGGAGGCAGAGUUUGACUACAGUCACUGUGGGGUCAAGGAUGUUUCCAAGCAGCUGUUGGGCUUGGAGAAGUCUGCUCUCACAAAGAUGCGCUUCACCAAAUGCUUUAGUUUUGCCAACGUCGAGUCAGAGAAUUCCUACCUCACACAAAGAGCAAGGUUUUUCACUGACAAUGAGGGCCUUGAUGACUACAUGGAAGCCAGAGAGGGCAUGCACCUGAAAAAUAUUGACCUGAAGGAGUAUGUGUUGGUGCUCUCUGACCCAGAUCGCCACCCCUGGUACCUGUCCCAGUAUGUCUUCUGGUUUGCCUCAUUCCUCACAUUCUCCUGGCCUCUCAGAGUCUUCACAGAGUAUCGUACGGCGUACGUCCACUAUCGUGUUGAGAAGCUUUUCGGGCAUGAUUAUCUCCCCGUGACCCCGUGUGAUGAUCGACCAUAUUGGCGUCGUAUCCCUCGAGUUAACACCAUAGACAGCACCGAGCUGGAAUGGCACAUUCGCUCCAAUCAGCAGCUGGUGCCCAGUUACUCAGAGGCUGGAUUGAUGGACCUGGCCCAGUGCCCAUCCAGCUUCAACGGGAUUCGUCAGAACUGUGAGCGCUGCCACAGAGCCAUCAGCUGCUCCUCGGUGUUCUCCAGGAGCGCCCUGAGCAUCUGUACUGGUGCCAGCUCCCGCAUCCCUUUCAGCGGCAGUCGGUUUUCCUUGGCCAGGCGGUAUGGCUCCCAGCGCAGCUGCCUCUGGAGGAGUGGCAGCUUGGAUGACCAGGAGAGCCCCAGCGAAAACACGCGCUGUCUAUCAGAGCGACACACCACGGAUGACGAGGGACCUCCAGACUACGACGAUGCACUUUGCUACCCAGUUCUCAUCGUCCACUGCAGCGAGAAUUGCCACAACCACAGAUCUUUCCACAGAAAUGGCUCCUGUGUGGAGACAUCUCUAUGACUAUGCAGUCACUGAUCAAACGCAGUGGCGUUUCUGUAGCAUACAAACACUUUGGACAUCAAUGUGCAAACAAAUCUCAAUGCCACAGACACACAUUCAUGCUGUAUUGCCACACUACAUAUAGAAGUUAUUGUUUGAAUCCUGAAUGUGUGAAUCACCAAAGCAAUAACAGCGGUUAGUGAGUGGAGAACAAAGUGGCAGCGCUUUGUGAACCUGGAAAAAUGAUUUUGGCCUGGCUUCCAGUGAAAACCGAGGAAUCGAAGACUGUUACACUGUACGCACCAUUGCCAUAGUUUUUAAGCUUUCAUAUGUAAAGCACAUAUGAAACUAAAGCAGCAGUUACCUCAUAAGACCUUUUCAGAGGUCAUUGUUUAAGUAUCUCUAGUGCAUUCAGUGAUAUCUCAGAACAAGAUCAGAAGUGACCAGAAAGAUGAAGUUGGAGCUGAUGAUUUCAGUGUCAUUAACAACAGUAUGUGAUCUAUGUCUAAUUCCAGCAAUAACUGUGAAAACACCAUCUUCUCAACUGGAAGAAGGACAAACCAUCAAAUAUGUUUCUCUAAUACAUAUCAAAGAAACACUGGUCCAUACAGAAACCUCCACAUCAAAAGAGACGUGUUAACUCUCGGAUCUUCUCACUAACUGUUGAACUGCUCAUGUUAGAAUAUCUUUCUUUUUCUUUUUCUUUUUUGUUUUUACUUACGUUAAGUGCUGCAACUUUUUUGUGUAUCUAUUUUCUUUUUUUUUUUUUUUACUCUUGUUGGGUUUAUUAUGUGAUUUCCCAGAAUGCCUUUUAAAAUGUCAAACAGGUACACGUUUAUUUUCAGCUGUCGGUUAAUGUGUUUGUGGGAAAAUGAAAAGAAAGUGACGCUUGUUCAGAGUGAAAAAAAAAAAAAAAAACUAAGAGCUGUGCCUCCAUAUAACUCUUGUGGUUGCAUUACAUUCUGGGGCAUCUUUGCUCUCCUUGUUUGACUGUUGGCAGUUGGUGCUAUGUGGCAGCUCCACAGAGAAGCAUCCAUCUCAGUGAAGUGACAGACACGUAAACACGAUGUUUACAGUUGGUGCUUUUGUAACAUUUUAUCCUUCAAAUCUCGACUGUUCAUAUUGGAAUCAGCUCAAAGCGGUGACACAAUGUCACUGAGUGGGUCUCUGUUAGGAAAUAAGACCAAAGCAGCAGUAGUUAAGGGCGGAUUUUUGCGUCAGCAUUCAAUUAAUUUGUCUCGACUGACCCAGAAACUGAAAAAUUGCCAGUUCACUAAUGCUGUCUGGUCAUAUGAGCCUUCACCUUGACAGACUAAAACACAUUUAGAAAACCAGAUCAUCCAUCUUCAAUUUAUCAUGAGUGCUUUCACAAUUUUGUCUUGAAUUGGACUUCUCUGCUGCCUACUGCCACGACAGAAUCUGCCGGCAACUGUGGUAUAAACAUGCCGUCGCAAUAGUCGAGUGGACAGGAAAGACAAGGAGCGGUUUCUUUGUCUUGUUUGUUUCUGGAAUCUACAUGUGAACAAGUGAAUACCAUCCGUCAGACAACCAAACAGUGUAUAUUUAGUCGGAAAGAUUGUUUUAUCCAUGGCAGAAUUUGCAUGAGGCUCUGUGUUAAAGACCAUACAACAUACAUGAAUGUAAACCACCAGCAUACAUGAUAUACUGUAGUGUAUGUCCAUUAUGUGUCUAUAGGAACAGAGUAAUGUUCCAUUUUUAAUCUGUAAAGCGGUGAUUUCACUGUCUCGUGUAUAGUGAUUGUGGUCAUGCACCAACAUGCCAACGCGUUACUGACAGAGAUGUUGGAUGUUGACAUUUGAUUUGAGUGGAGGACCCCUGACUCUUCUGAGCACAGUUUACAGGCAGCAUAUGCAAGGAUGUAAAUGCACUUACGUUUACACACGUACAUUAUACAACCUUUAUAAUCCAGACUUUUAUAUAACAUAACAGGAACAUAUUGUAUGCAUUCUAGCACUUAACAUCUUGUUCUUACAUUGUCUUCAAUAAUGUGGUGACGCCAGUAUUAUUAUGCACUUGGACGCAAGUGACACUAGACAUUAUGAAUUGUAGUGGAGCUGAAUGUUAAUGUAAAUUCCCUUAAAGUAAUAAAGUAUUCCAAGCUGAUAUAUUUACAACCACAUAAAAGCUCAGACAGAAAACAAAAACAAACUUCUUGUAAAAAGUUCAAAAUGUUGUUGUCAUUAUAACCAAAAUGGGCUGUAUAAAUAACUUGUUGACCUUUUAAAAUGUGUGUUUGAAUUUAUCUUAUGCUGGAACAAUAAAAGUUGCAAUAAAUGUC